GAUGGCGGCUGUACUGCCGAGGACGAGGUGUAGCAGCCGCUCGGCAUGAACAUUUAUUUUUGAAAUAAAUUGAUUAAAAUCAAACGGAAAUAUUUGAACAUCGGACUACAAGGGGCGUGCACUACUUCUCACUCCAUUACAUUAAUCGACAUAUCAUUUUCUCUAUUGUGUUAAGCAUUUUUUUCGGACAAAAUGAUCACAAUGUAGUAGCUAGCUAGCCGACCACCGUAGCAAACGCCGGAGAAAGUGUAGAAUGGGAGAGAAGCUAGAACUCAAGCUGAAGUCGCCGGUUGGAGCCGAAGCGGCUGGUUAUCCGUGGCCAUUACCAGUAUACGUAAGUAUUUAAUCACACCAAACAAUUUGCCAGCUAACGUAUAACUUGGCCAAGCAAGUCAGUACUGGAUGUAUUAAUCUGUGUAAUGUAGCUAGCUAACGGUAGCUACUAGCUAAAUAUGCGCUUGCUAGCAAAGGUUACUUACUAAGGCAAGCCAUGCAAGUCAGACCGCCCACCAGUGCACCACCACUGAGCUAGCAUAUAGAUUAUAGAUAAUUCAUUUUCGGAGCUAUCCAGAAGCGACAGAUGUGAAGUGAUAAAGUGGAUAUUGCAUUACAGUAUAUCCAUCAACUAAGUGGGAUAGACACUUCAUGUGGCCACACUGACUGUGAAUAGGCUGGACAAUAGAACGAGUCAAAAUUCACCCAAGGUUGAAAAACUGCAAUAGAACGUUGGCUAAACUGGAACACUAGCGCGAGCCCAUAGCAAAUGAAUUGAAUCGAACGUUCGCAGAGCCUAUUUUGACUGGAAUUAUGCUUAGAAUUCAAUUUCACCUAAAUGGCACCAUUUAAAUAAAUCACUUUUCAUAUUACCCCUACAAUCUGUUCUUAGGACGAAAUUGAAGAAGAAGAAAAAACUCGUGUAGAAAGUAAACAUCUGCACCUCGAUGGUGUCAACUGUGCUUAUGAGGAGGUAGGGAAAAAAUAAAAACGUCGGACUAUUUCUGGUCUAGUGAUCGAUGACAACCGAGCUCGCUGCCCAGACUUACAUAAAUACAAAGAGGAGAUUCUUCUGAUAAAAAUGGUGUCCGACUUGAAAAAAUCAAAAUAUACACAUUGAGAGAUAUUUGGCCAAAUAGACCGGCAUGCUUCUCCAUAGGAAAACAAUGGGCGGAGUUCAGGGUUCCAAGGGCAAAGAUUAUUCUUGGCCUAGCAUUUGAUGACAACCGAGCUCGCUGCCCAGACUUCUAUAACUACAAAGAGGAGAUUCUCAUGAUUAAAAAUGUUGUGUCCAGCCUACUGUGAACCUAAAACCAAGGCUAGCUAACGUUACUGUAGACAUCGUUAGAUAGGAUGAUUUGACAAAUCACACGAUAAACAUUGCACACUUAGCUAACUACAUCGGUUACUCGUUAGCUAAUACUCCAAUUUUUGGUUUUUGUUAGGUCAUUAAGUUAGCUAGUUACGCUAGUUUUAACAGUUUUAUUUGACUCGCGUUAUAAUUCUGUCUUACGCAAAACAAUUUUACUGACGUUAGCUAGCUCGCUAACUUUAGCACCUGGACCUACUUACUAGCGCAUACAUAAAAAUGGGUUAGUUACCGUUAAGUUUCUUUGCUAACUACUAACCAUGUAUCUAUGUUAGCUAGCUAGCAAGUAAUCUUUUUUUAACGUGUGGGUCAGACCCAGUGGGAUGGUUUUAGCGAGACCCCCUGUGGUGUAACGUUAAAGUACUUAAGUAAAAAUACUUCAAAGUACUACUUAAAUAGUUUUUUGGGGUAUCUGUACUUUACUAUUUAUAUUUUUGAUAACUUUUACUCCACUAACGUUACAUUCCUAAAGAAAAUAAUGUACUUUUUACUCCAUAUUUUUUCCCCUGACACCCAAAAGUACUCAUUACAUUUUGAAUGCUUAACAGGACAGGAAAAUGGUCCAAUUCACGCACUUCUCAAGAGAACAUCCCUGCUCAUCCCUACUACUUCUGAUUUAGCGGACUCACUAAAUACAAAUGCUUCAUUUGUAAAUUAUGUUGGAGUGUGCCCCUGACUAUCCAUAAAUAAAAUAAAAACAGAAAAUUGUGCCGUCUAGUUUGCCUAAUAUAAGGAAUUUGAAAUGAUUGAUACUUAGGCAUAUUUUUGAAAUUACAUUAACUUUUGAUACUUAAGUAUAUUUUAAAUCAAAUACUUUUAGACUUUUACUCAAGUAGUAUUUUACUGGGUGACUUUCACGUUUACUUGAGUCAUUUUCUGUUAAGGUAUCUUCUAUUAGGGUACUUUUUCCACGCCUGAUAAUACCAGUGAUGGUGUAAACCUAAAUCAGCAUUUUGUUUGUGCAACAGUAUCUUCUUAAUCAUAGAGGAAUACAUUAAGCAUGAAUGUUAGCUACAUGAAGUAGCUAAGCGAGAACAUUAAAUGUAGCCAAAUAUUAUAGGGUCCCCUAGGAAACACUUAUCAACACUUUGGUUCCUACCCUGUCACAAUAACUCCUCCCUAGCAUUUUCAUUCGUUGUCAUGUCAAACAACACUGUAUUCAAAGUGCCCACUAUUAUAUUCUAACUAUAGAAUUAGAAUAAUCAUAUUUCCAUGAUUCCAACAGUUCACCCAAGUUUUUUGCUCUAAAUCGCAAGUAACAUUUCAGAAAAUACUGACAAUUAUAUUUGGUUGACGUUAAAUUGAACAGUAUAAAACAAAAUAUUUGGUUGAUGUUAAAUUGAACAGUAUAAAACAAUCAGAAUGGAGAAAGACCCAUUGAAAUCACUUAGAAUGUAUGUGUUGCCACCCUAGGGUCACGCACUACUCAUAAAGCAAAUGUAGAACAUUUAUUAUUCAAAAACAUAAAAUACCGUGAAAUACCAUCAUUUGGCCAUAUCACCCAGCUCUAGGACCAUGACCAAGCCUCUUUAGAUUUUGCAUCAACAAUUUUUUUUUUUUGCAUGCACAACAUGCUGCUGUAAUAUUUUAACCUAUGUGGAACUUACUAGACAUAUGUUGAAAAUAUUUGUCCUAGUUUGGGCCAUAGUGCAACUCCAACAAUACAUUUGCUGGCAGAGCUGACUGUGUUUAGUCCUUGAAUGUGCAGCAUACCUUGAAGAUAUCCUUUAGCUGAAUGCUCAAGUUUAGCAGAUGGUUGUUCAAGGGGGAACAGAAAUGGAAGCAGAUGAAAUGGUUGCGGUUUCUCUGGUGGCUUGAAGUGUGUUUCAGGUGUAUUUCUCAUUUUAUAGUCAAUUGUGGUGAGACUGUGCAAAAAAAAACUGAAACGAAAUUUCUCAGAACUGAACGUUGGAGUGUUAUGUCACAUUGGGUAAUGCUCCUUUACGUCAGAGUACAGGAACUAGGCAGUGCUGCUGCUGACGCAAUCCUCUACAGUUGGACUUGGCUGACUUCACUCCAUUACGCCAGAGACUGGCUUUUGCAAAGGCAUUUGCAAACUGUUUAGAGCUGCUGGUGCCUCCAGUUAUUCUGUUGAGAAGUUGGUGUCUUGAUAUCAUAAAUAUAGACUUAAAUAUCAUAGGCAUGUCCUGCACUGAGUAAAGAGGCAGCCAGUGCUCAUUAUCUGUGUGUGUGGAGUCCUAGCCCUGUUUUCAAUAAAGACCUCCUACACUUUUCCUCUAUAUGCACUUUGAGGACAGGGAGGGGCAUAAAAUAAGACUAGGAUUAAAAAGCACUUGAUUCUACUUGAGUCUGCAAAUCACAUGCCCUUGGGAUGUUUCAUUGUGGCUAUUUUUGCACAGUUUGAUCUAUUGAAGAGGACUGUCUGACUGUAAUAACUCUUGAGCAGACAACUUCAUUUCCAUGAGUGUUACUGUGCAAUAUGUCACUAUUCAGAUUGAGUUGUAUUUUGUUUGCUCAUUGUCAUUAAUAAUGCUGCCCACUGCUCUCCACCACCAAAGAUACAUCACACAUAUUCCAAUACUUCUGACUCCCGAAGUGCAACCCAAAUCGCUCCAUUCACCCACAGAGAAACAACGCACACUGUUCUCUUAUGUUGUGCAGUGAACAACAACAGAGUUGUAAUAUAUGCCGCCUGCAUGUCUCCCCACGCCGAAGCUGUUACCACCACAUGCUUGAAUACUCUCUCUCACACACAGUCACCAUCUGCGUAUUUAAAUCAUCUGUAACUGCUUCCAUAUGAAGUACACCUCUUCUGCUGCAGAGGCUUUUGUGAUUUUUUUUCUCUUGUUGCUUUAACUAAAGCCAGAAUGCCUUUAAACAAGACACUAUUUGAUUCAAUGUCUUCUUGCCUAGUUUGUGUUGUCGAUAGCCUAGCUAAUGGUGUUCCUUUUUUCUUCUCAAGUGUGUUUGAAUUUCAACUUUGUAACAAGCCAAUAACCAUUCAUCAAUGUCUUGAGAAGCACUCAUUGGACAAACGUGACCUGUGUUGUUAUCAGUGAAGAAGAUAAAGCUGACAUUUAUGUAUAAGGCAGUUCCACCCGCCUCCCUCACCUACUGAAAAACAUGUGGGUGAAAACGGAUACUGAUAAGGACAAUACGUCACUGAACCAUAGUCCAACAGCUAUAGAAGCCUGUCACCAUGUUCUAGGACAGGCAGCGCUUUGAUGAAAAGGGGUUUGAUGGAGUCAGUUAUUUUUCUCUGUGGUAAUGAGAUCACUGUUGCACUCGGUUAGUUAUUCCUUUAUUGGCCAUUAGUAAUACGUAGUGGAGCGGACGUUAUGCCCCGGCCGUGCGUCAUGGUGAGGUGAAGAGAGUGUGAAAGAGAGGUGAGAUGGAAGGAGAGAGUGGGUGGGUGCGUCAGUUCAGUCACUGUGCCCACAGCAGGGGGUCAGGAGGAGCGGAGGAGAAGAGAGCGCAGGGGUUGGCUGAGAGCUCCUCUCUCACGUGCCACACGCUCUCUUUCUCUCAGCCAGAGUUUAUUUUUAGCACCAGCGUGGUUGUUGCUGCGUGCCGUCUGUGAGCGGCAGGAACACCCCCCCUCCCACCGCCUCCGCACACACACACUCACGCACGCACUGUGAAGAGGCUGAUUGUAUGUGCACACACUGCUGUCUGUCUGGGACUAGCGCGUUAACCCUUUACACAAUUGUAGCACAGUAAGCUUCUUGGGGCCCUCCUUUUGGCUGCAUUUAUUUGGUGGUUGUUGUAUUACUAGGCUAUUCAUAGCAGCAUUUGCUCCUCUUGUGAAACGCUUUGCUUCCCUUGUGGCGGGAGAUUUUAUUUCAUACAUAUUUCAUGUGGUGCUAUAAUCUCAGACCUGGUAUUACUGGCAGCGGCGCCAUGGCGGGAGUUGUGGUGCUAUUGAGCGGGAAGAGCUGAGCCUAGUAACUGGAGGCUGCUACUGUGCCAAAGCCAGUCCAGCUGAAAGCAGCUGGGCCUGGCUGGCUGGAGCUCGUUCUCUACCUUCCUCCCUCACUCCCGCCCUCCUUCCCUCUCUCCGAGCCCCUCCCAGGCCCCGCGCUGGAGCAGGACACAGAAAGUGGGUCACUGGGUCAGCAGCCAGUGUGACUGAAAUCCUGCAGUUCUUCCCAUGCUGCAGCAGUAGCAGCAGUGCCCUGACAAAACCCAGCUAACCUAAGUGACAGAGAGCUUCACAUGCACAUGGUCUCCCAGACCGCAUCCAGUUAGAGAAUGUUAGCUUGAUAAAAGUGAUACACUCACAGUGGUGUCUCCUGAAUUGUUAUGCUGGCAGUCAUACUGAGUGUGUCACACUAACUACUAUGGUUUGCACUGUGUGUGGAUUAUUAAGUCAUUGAGUGCAGCUGGCCUUAUCUGACCCGGCUGUCUGAACUCGUGUUGGUAGCUGUUAGCAUAUUUGUGGACAUUAUUCGGAUAUCCGUAUUUAGCUUUUGGUUACUGCCAGUCUGUUAUAUACUGUAGUAAUAAGUCUAUGGUCUUUUUAUUGCCUGUCAAUAAAUGCUUUUUGCAUAAACAAAUCGUACUGAGAGUUUACUCAAUCUCUCUUCUCUCCUGUGUUCACUUUCUGUCUCCAGGAUAAACACCAUGAUGCUGCUCAUGAAAUCAUUGAGACCAUUCGGUAAGUAACUACCAACUUUCUCCUAUCAAUCUCAAAAGCAUUGUGCAGUGAGUGACUGCACUUCUUGACUGAGUUAGGCUAGAUCUAAGUAAACUCACACUGUAUUGACCAUUGUUCUCAGGUGGGUGUGUGAGGAGAUCCCAGACCUUAAACUGGCCAUGGAGAACUAUGUCCUCAUCGACUACGACACCAAGAGGUGAGCUGAGGGUCAGACAAUGAGGAACAAGGACUAUGAUGCUGCUCUGAAGCACAGUCUACCAGAGCACCUGUAGUCACAGUCAAAUACCAUAAUAACAUAACACUUAGACAUCCAGUUUUACAUUUGAAGGAUAAUUAUUCCCAGAAGGUAAUAAAGAUAUUAAUGGCAGCGAUGCUCAUUUAGAAAUAUUUUUGUUUCCUGUGGCAGCAGCCCAAAAGAGAUGAGAAGGAGUCUUGUAGAGGGGAGUAAAACUGAUAUGCAAUUAGCAUUCCUGUGUCCACGGUGCUGGACAAACUCACAAACAUCAGCACAAACGAAGUCAUGGGCUGUUGGUUUCCUUGUCCAUGUUUCUUGUCAUAAGAUGUUGAUAGAAGUCAUUCCCAGCCAUGUUGUUUCUUUAUUUCUAUGUGUGUUUUUGUUACAGCUUCGAGAGUAUGCAGAGACUUUGUGACAAAUACAACAGAGCCAUCGACAGCAUCCACCAGCUGGUGAGUUGGAAUAUCUCCAGAGGAGUUGCGUCGAAAGCUUAUUUGUGCGCACAAUUAAUUCAAACAGACUUCUUUCUUGUAGAUGUUUUGCCACCAUGGGUAAAACCUAGCUCACUUGAGCCCAGCAAUAUGUUUAUAUCCUAGCUAUGUAAUGUACUCAUUCUAAACCUCCUGUUCUGUGUGUGUCACAGUGGAAAGGCACAACACCGCCCCUGAAGCUGAACAAGCGGCCGUCCAAUGGGCUGCUCAGACACAUCCUGCAGCAGGUGUACAACCACUCGGUCACGGACCCCGAGAAGCUCAACAACUAUGAGCCCUUCUCCCCCGAGGUGUACGGCGAGACCUCUUUCGACCUGGUGGCGCAGAUCAUCAACGAGAUGGAGAUGAUGGAGGACGACACCUUUGUAGACCUCGGCAGCGGUCUGUGUUUGUUUAUGACGUCAAUGUUUACUUUUGAAUGAGAUAAGCAGUCUCAAUGUGAGUCUCUGUGUUGAUGUGUCUAAAUGAGCAGGUUGGUGCUAUUUUUGACUCGUAAUCAUCUGUAAUUGCAGGAGUGGGACAAGUGGUGCUGCAGGUCGCCGCAGCAACAAACUGUAAACACUACUUUGGUGUGGAGAAGGCAGACAUUCCAGCCACUUAUGCUGAGGUAAGUUCCCACAUCUAGCUUAAGGGUCUUGGUAAUCUUGAUGGUUGUCAGUCAACAAAGAAGGAACAUAUUUUAGAAUUACUAAUGUAUGUUGUUUUCCUUUAAGUCCAUGGAUGAAGAAUUUAAGAGAUGGAUGAAGUGGUAUGGGAAGAAACACGGGGAGUACACGGUAUGUGGUAUUGUAAUGACAGACGUGUCACUCAGAAAUUGUCCGUGAGUCAGCGAUGUGCAACUCGUGUUCCUCUUUAUUUUAAAGCUGGAGAGGGGGGAUUUCCUGUCUGAAGUGUGGAAGGACAGGAUAGCCAACACAAGGUGCAGUACCUCUAUAUAGACUGGACGCUUCCACUCUCACUGAGAUGUCACUUUGUAUUUACACACGUCUGAACACAUGAGGAGAAACAUCUGCACAUCUUCAAGUCUAAAUCUUUUUUUACCCUCUUCCCUCUUUUCUCCUGUUCACCGUUUGUCUAGCAGUGUUAUUUUUGUGAACAACUUUGCCUUUGGUCCAGAGGUGGAUCACCAGCUGAAGGAGCGCUUUGCUAACAUGAAGGAAGGUAGGUAGCAAAUGGCCCUUUUGUUACCCAGUGUCAAGGACACCCUGCCAUAUUGUUGUUACAGAAAAUUAAGAACCUGUGAUCAUUUCAUUAGGUUAUUGAUUCAGCUGCUUUCAUUAGUAAAAACAAGAGAGAGGGUAGCAUGCUGUAGCUAAUGGCAGCUGUGUCAACACCACACACUUGACCUCUGACCCCUCAGCUGUGUGACCUUUCCUCCACAUGACCCCGUCUUUUAAAAGACAGACAUGAGAGGAUGAUCUAUGCUACCAUUGAUAAUGUAUAGCAGACACACGCAUAGAUCAAUGGUUUGAUCUGGGACUGAUUAUAGAUCAGUGUUUGUAUUGUUUAGUUUUAAUCUGUGUGCCUUCAUGAAAAGGUCAUCUUUGUUUCUCUCUUUUAGGUGCGAAAAUUGUAUCGUCAAAACCUUUUGCACCUCUACAUUUUAGAAUCAACAGUCGAAACUUGAGUGGUAAGUCUUCAUCAUGGAGCAUGUUCUGGGCAGACCCCGGAAACGGAACUACAGAAAUGUCAACAGCCUUAUGUAGAUAAUGUUAUUAACAUGAACACUGUCUGAUUCAAAACUUGUAAAAGUUGCACAUAAAUGUUUUCUCUUUCAUCAACGUUGCGAUAUUUAGCAUCAAUCACAGCGCAUCUUGGGUCAUUUCCCUUGCAACGUUGCUAUGUUUAACCUUGGUUACUUUUGUUGCAAACUGGCGUUCGGUGUUCGUCGUUGCACCAGCUCAAAUAACAUGUUACCUUCACUGAUCCAGAUGAACCCCGAAACGAGGAAAUACACUACAUGACCAAAAGUAUGUGGACACCUGCUCAUCGAAUAUCUCAUUCCAAAAUCAUGGGCAUUAAUAUGGAGUUGGUCGCCCCUUUGCUGAUUUAACAGCCUCCACUCUUCUGGGAAGGCUGUCCACUAGAUGUUGGAACAUUGCUGCGGGGAGUUGCUUCCAUUCAGCCACGAGCAUUAGUGAGGUCGGGCAAUGAUGUUGGGCGAUUAGGCCUGGCUUGCGGUCGGUGUUCCAAUUCAUCCCAAAGGUGUUCGAUGGGGUUGAGGUCAGGGCUCUGUGCAGGCCAGUCAAGUUCUUCCACACGAUUUCGACAAACCAUUUCUGUAUGGACCUUGCUUUGUGCACGGGCGCAUUGUCAUGCUGAAACAGGAAAGGGCCUUCUCCAAACUGUUGCCACAAAGUUGGAAGCACAGAAUCGUCUAGAAUGUAAUUGAAUGCUGUAGAAUUAAGAUUUCUCUUCACUGGAACUAAGAGGCCUAGCCCGAACCAUGAAAAUAAGCCCCAGACCAUUAUUCCUCUGCCACCAAACUUUACAGUUGGCACUAUGCAUUGGGGCAGGUAGCGUUCUCCUGGCAUCCGGCAAUCCCAGAUUCGUCCGUCUGACUGCCAGAUGGUGAAGCGUGAUUCUUCACUCCAGAGAACACGUUUCCACUGCUCCAGAGUCCAAUGACGGCGAGCUUUACACCACUCCAGCCGACGCUGGCAUUGCGCAUGGUGAUCUUAGGCAUGUGUGCGGCUGCUCGGCCAUGGAAACCCAUUUCAUUAAGCUCCCAACGAACAGUUCUUGUGCUGACGUUGCUUCCAGAGGCAGUUUGGAACUCAGUAGUGAGUGUUGCAACUGAGGACAGACGUUAUGUACGCGCUUCAGCACUCGGCUGUCCCGUUCUGUGAGCUUGUAUGGCCUACCACUUUGUGGCUGAGCCGUUGUUGCUCCUAGACGUUUCCACAUCACAAUAACAGCACUUAAAAUUGACCGGGCCAGCUCUAACAGGGCAGAAAUUUGACGAGCUGACUUGUUGGAAAGGUGGCAUCCUAUGAAGGUGCCACGUUGAAAGCCACUGAGCUCUUCAGUAAGGCCAUUGUACUGCCAAUGUUUGUCUAUGGAGAUUGCAUGGCGGGGUGCUCGAUUUUAUACACCUGUCAGCAACGGGUGUGGCUGAAAUAGCCGAAUCCACUCAUUUGAAGGGGUGUCCACAUAUUUUGAAUGUAUAGUGUAUGUUUUAACCAUGUAUAGUGGUUUUCUCAGUUAAUAGAAGAUGUUUUCGCAGCUUUAUUUAGCCCACAAGGGCCAUCAUUGCUUUUGCCUGCUAGCCAAACUACAGACCGCACAACGUUUGCUAGCUAGCACAGCUCUCAAAACAAUCAAGGUCUUGACAACUAAAUAAAGCACUGUUCUGGCAUCUGAGAAAAAUCAAUUUAGCAUGUUUCAACAGCUUCUUAUCUUAUAUUAUUUUGGAAUUCGUCCGGUACAUGUGUUGCUUUCUGCAAGCAUGGACAACAGAAGUAACAAUUGUAACCAAGAUAUAACAUGGCAACCUCCAUAAUGUUGAGGUUUACCCAAAUUACCCAAAAUGUGCUAUUAUUUCAAAAUUGUACCUUUUUUUGAUUUAUAAUAUUUAAUUAAUGUGCACCUUUAAGUUGUAGAACACAAAACAUUAUUUAGAAAAUGAUGGGUCACACUUUCUCUACAGAUGGUCAUACUAUUAACAAAUUAUCUGUUGAUAAGCAACUGCUUGUUAGGGUUAGAAUAAGGGUUAAGGGUAGUACAUAGUUAGUUGAAAUGUUACUGAUAUUCUAUCCUAAUGUAGCAGGCAUAAAAUAAAUGCUUGAAACUAUACUGAACAAAAAUAUAAACGCAACAUGUAAAGUGUUGAUCCCAGAAAUGUUCCAUAUGCACAAAAAGCUUAUUUAUUUCUAAUUUUGUGUACAAAUUUGUUAACAUCCCUGUUAGUGAGCGUUCCUCAUUUGCCAAGAUAAUCCACCCACCUGACGUGUGGCUGAUUUUUAAACAGCAUGAUCAUUACACAGGUGCACCUUGUGCUGGGGACAAAAGGCCAUUCUAAAAUGUGCAGUUUUGUCACACAAUGCCACAGAUGUCUGAAGUUUUUAGGGAGCGUGCAAUUGUCAUACAUAUUUACAUUUUAGUCAUUUAGCAGACGCUCUUAUCCAGAGCGACUUACAGUUAGUGAAUACAUUUUUUUUUUUUAUACUGCCCCCCCGUGGGAAUCGAACCCACAACCCUGGCGUUGCAAACGCCAUGCUCUAUCAACUGAGCUACUUCCCUGCCGGCCAUUCCCUCCCCUACCCUGGAUGACGCUGGGCCAAUUGUGCGCCGCCCAUGAGUCUCCCGGUCGCGGCCGGCGGCGACAGAGCCUGGAUACUGACUGCAGGCGACAGAGCCUGCAUACUGACUGCAGGAAUGUCCACCAGAGCUGUUGCCAGAGAAUGUAAUGUUCAUUUCUCUACCAUAACAUAGUUUUAGAGAAUUUGGCAGUACGUCCAGCCGGCCUUGUAACUGCAGACCACGUGUAACCACUCCAGCCCAGGACCUCCACAUCCGGCUUCUUCACCUGCGGGAUCAUCUGAGACCAGCCACCCAGACAGCUGAUGAAACUGUGGGUUUGCAAAACCAAAGAAUUUCUGCACAAACUCAGAAACCGUCUUAGGGAAGCUCAUCUGCGUGCUCGUCUUCCUCAACAGGUUCUUGACCUGACUGCAGUUCGGCGUUGUAACCGACUUCAGUUGGCAAAUGUUCACCUUCGAUGGCCACUGGCACGCUGGAGAAGUGUGCUCUUCACGAUUAAUCCCUGUUUCAAUUGUACCGGGCAGAUGGCAGACGGCGUGUAUGGUGUCGUGUGGGCGAGCGGUUUGCUGAUGUCAACGUUGUGAAUUAAGUGCCCAAUGGUGGCGGUGGGGUUAUGGUAUGGGCUGGCAUAACCUACAGACAACAAACAAAAUUGCAUUUUAUCAAUGGCCAUUUUGAAUGCACAAAGAUACCGUGACAAGAUCCUGAGCCCAUUGUCAUGCCAAUCAUCCACCGCCAUCACCUCACGUUUCAGCAUAGUAAUGCACGGCCCCAUGUCGCAAAGAUCUGUACACAAUUCCUGGAAGCUGAAAAUGGCCUGCAUACUGACCAGACAUGUCACCCAUUGAGCAUGUUAGGGGUGCUCUGGAUCGACGUGUACAACAGCAUGUUCCAGUUCCCGCCAAUAUCCAGCAACUUCUCACAGCCAUUGAAUAGGAGUUGGACAACAUUCCACAUGCCACAGUCAACAGCCUGAUCAACUCUGUCGGGCUGCAUGAGGAAAAUGGUGGUCACACCAGAUACUGACUGGUUUUCUGAUCCUCGCGCCUACCUUUUAAAAAAAGGUAUCUGUGACCAACAGAUGCAUAUCUGUAUUCCCAGUCAUGUGAAAUCCAUAGAUUAGGUCCUAAUGAUUGUAUUUCAAUUGACUGAUUUCUUUAUGAACUGUAACUCAGUAAAACCUUUGAAAUUGUUGCAUGUUGCGUUUAUAUUUUUGUUCAGUGUAGAUCCCCUACCUACUGGUCUUGACGAUAAGAAGAAAAUACUGUCUGGGGAGGUUCUCUUCUGCACCGUUCAACCAAUUCAGUAAAUGUGGAGGAGUUAAGAUGGAGUGUCGCCUUGUUAACGUCUCUUUCCAUUUCCCCUGAAAGCCAGAACAUCCGGAUGUUGGGGACUCUGGAGAGGCUACUGAUAGUCUGAAGAUGUAGUGUGUCUACAGAUGGACUAUCCAAAUAAACUGUUAACAAAUGAUGCUGACAUUUAGCAUUUCCGCUUCUACCUGGGUCACAAAACACCUUUUCUGAGAAAUCUUUUGGUGGGUGGCCCUUGGGCUACAUAUCCUAGAGUGUAUUUCAAUGAACUAAAACAUUUAGUUGAUUUCCUUUGUUUCUCCCUUUAGACAUUGGAACAAUAAUGAGAGUCGUUGAGCUGUCUCCAUUGAGGGGUUCAGUGUCCUGGACAGGGAAGCCAGUUUCCUACUACCUGCAUACGAUAGACCGCACCAUAGUGAGUCCUGCUUUCCUCUUUUAUACUCUCAAAACAUCUUCUCUGUCCAACACACAAUGUUGCAAUGGCAGUUUCUCCAUUUAAUGAAGGGUAACCUUGAACUGAAUGAAUGGCCCACGCUUCAAAGGUCUCCAUCAGUUCAUCUGUCCUUUUUCUAUAUGUGUAUCCAAUACCAUGGUAAAUAACACACCCACGUGAUAUUUUCUGAAAAUGCGUACGGUAGCAGUACUCAGAACAUGUUUAGUCGGACAUAUCCCUGCAGGAAACAACUGCAACUGCUGGUAUAGCCCUGCAGUGGACAGAGGAGAUGUGGUACAGCGACAGGUGAUGGAGCAACCAGCAUUACUACUACAUGUUGUACCAUGAGUGUUUUCAACUAGUUUAGAAACACUGAAAACGAGACUUAGUACUUUUUUGCAAACAGUUAGCCUAACUGCAAGCAGAAAAUCUUAACCUUUCUGCCUGUCAGUUGUGGGGGGCAUAUUUUGCCAAUAGAACCUUGAAUAUUCUCUCUUUGGUUAUGUUUUGUCUUGAUCCUUGUCUAUACCGGUCCGUAACAGUCUGCUUAAAAACUUAGCCAGUUGUUUCACUUGUGCAUUCAAGCACUGAGUCAAGCGCAAGUGAAACAACUGGCUAAGUUAUUUUUUUCCCUAUCCAUUCACUUGAGGCAGUGGAAACGGUGAGGUCAUCGCUGCAUUGUUUCUGUAUCUCCUCACUCACAUGCACAUGUUGGAGGGCUUAUGGACAGUGUCACACAAGGUGACUGCACUAAGGAGAGAGAGAGAGAGAGAGAGAGAGGGGAGAGUGAAGUGUGCUAUCUAUGCCUCUGUGUCCUUGUGCAAUACUUGAUACCUUCUUUUCUUUUUCAGCUUGAAAACUAUUUUCAUAGUCUCAAAAAUCCUAAACUCAGGGUAAGCUCCAUUAUGUUCCCUUGGUCACUAUAUUUUAUGUUGCCCGCAGAGUACGAGUAAUGACAAUCUUAGUCACUUUGCAGUUGCACCCAGUUUAUAUGCCCUGCUGAACUAUUCAUAUGGUAAACAACACUAAGAUGUUCCUAUCUGUUUUAGGAGGAGCAAGAAGCAGCUAGGCGUCGACAAGAAAAGAACAGUAAAGACAGUAAAAGCAACACCACCACCCCAACCAAGGCAAAGGAGCACAAGGUAAGUCCCUUUGUCCACGAGUGGCCUUGCUAUCCCUACACCGUCUUUCACGUCUCUAUGCUCAGUUCUUUUUCCCUAUGAGAUCACCUCUCUAUCUUGGUUUGUUUUCGCUCUCACUCUGGCCUCUCCCUGUGUGUGUCUCAGGAUUCCUGCGGGGAGGAUGAGCAACCGGGGCUAUUGGCAGCCGUGAAGGCGUCACCCAAACCACGCCGCGCCAAACUCCUCAGCAAGGGCCGCAAGCUGAGUGCUCGGAAGCGCGGGCGUCCCAAGAAGGCUGCCGUGACCGCAGCCGAACGCAAGAGCAAGAAGAGCCAGAGUGCCCUGGAGCUGCUGCACGCCAAGACACUCUCUGCAGCACCCCCUCAGGGUGAGCCACCUGCUCACUCACACACAUUCCUACCGAGGGCUGUGUCCAUAUACCCUUGUGCAUUUGUGUUUUAUUUAGCCCUAAACUACACAUUUUGGUCCAUGUUUUUAGUUGACUUUCCGGGUUGUUUCUACAGAUGCAUACAGGUCACCUCAAAGUCCCUUCUACCAGCUACCUCCUAAAGUUCAGCACUAUGCGUCUGGGCAACUGCUGCUGGGCCCCACUCCUCCAGGCCUACAACAGCUUCUAGGUGAGCCCCGCUACCCUGACCCCACCCUUAGAUAUCACACAGACCUGUCUGUCAGUCACAGCCAGCAGAGCUGAAGGCCAGUCCUGAUAACCGUCCUCUCGGUCUCUCCACCCACAGACAACAUUAAAGUCCAGUACCUCCAGUUCAUGGCCUACAUGAAGACACCUCAGUACCGCAUUCACUUGCAGCAAGUCCUGGAGCAGGAGAAGGUAAAUAGAAUGUCCAAAUCACUCAAUCCAUCUUGUAAAAGCUAAUAAUCCAUUUGACAACAUUAUUGCCACCUCCUUAAAGAGUAAUAGAUGAUCUCAUAAAUUACUGCAUUCAGAUUCACUCCCUUAGGCUCAUACUUCCACUCUCAACCCUCCCUUUAUCAGUCAUGUUGAAGGAGACUAACCCCCUGGGAAUGUUGCCUCUGAUUUAGCUUCGACCUCUAAACCUUUCCCUUUUCUCUUGUGUUCCUCCUUCCGUCUCUCUCUCUCCUCCACCUCUGCAGCUCAAACACCGAGAGCUUUCUGGGCAGGCGGAGCAGCUGCAGACUGUGUGUCAGACCCACAAAGAGAAGAUCAAAGGGCUCUUCCACACCAAACUUGAUGAGGUAGGCAGACAGUGGUGAAUGUCUAAUGAAACCAGUUGGUAAUGAGAAGCAAGUGGUGGGGAGUACUCGAUCCCCAAACGUCUUACGCUAUGUCUGUGUUCCCCUCAGCUGGGAGUGAAGGCCCUGACUGUGGAGGACCUACUGCAGGCCCAGAAGGAGAUCUCAGCCCACAACCAUCAGCUGAAGGAGCAGACCAAGCAGCUGGAGAGAGACAUGGCCGAGCUGAGGGACCACAGCCUGCUCCUGGUGAGACAACCUCGCUACUCCUGGGUGCCAUCUCUCUGGCCUUUUUCACAUUGGGCUUGAUCUGCAUGUUGGGCAUUCUGUCAGACAUAUAGGCCAGUGACCUGUAACUAACUAACUAUAACGGUCUGUCUCAGUUGAAGUCUCGGUGUGAAGAGCUAAAGCUGGAUUGGAGCUCUCUGUGUCUUGAGAGCCUGCUGAAGGAGAAGCAGGCCCUGCGCAGACAGAUCUCCGAAAAACAGCGCCGCUGUCUCGAGCUACAGGUACACACCUCUCUGUGCACCUUUCUCUCUCUUCCCCCUAUCUCUACCUACAAACUUAGAAAUAGUGGAGGAAUCGGUCAUUACUGUUAUUGUGAAGCACUUUGUGACAGGUUUUUGUUAGCAAAGUGAUGUUCCUAUUCCUUACCUUGUGUAACGACUCCCCCUGGUGUUGGUUCUCAGAUCAGCAUCGUGGAGCUGGAGAAGAGUCAGAGGCAACAGGAGCUGCUCCAGCUCAAGUCCUACAGUCCCUGUGAGGGCUCCCCCUACCGCAAGGGCCUCCCCGGCCUGGAAGGCCUCCCUCGCCUGGACCUCGACACCCCCAAACUGAGCCUGGCCGUGGCCGGCCUCAGCCCAGAGCUGUCCAUCAACGGCACCGCCUCGCCCUGCUUCGACAGGGGGGGCACCAAGGGAGAGCUCCUCUCCCGCUACCUGCCCAUCUCGCCUGACCACGAGAUCGUGCCCCCCACCCCGGACAUCCGGCACAGGCAGCUGGGUCACCCCCUCCCUGACUACACCCGCUUCUCCCCGGCCAAGAUCGCCCUGCGCAGACACCUGAACCAGGACUCUAGCACUGCACACUUCAGAGGCUUGGGCUUCACUGGUCUCAGGUAGAGUCCUGCACGGGUCCGUUUUUUGGAGCCGCAACCGCCCCGCGCUGGCCACAUCAAUUCGGAGCCCCACCCGAUAUCCGACAUCAGGACAGAUUUUUCUCUGCAACCCGACCCACCCGCAUAGAAUUGUUUCGAGAAUCGAUCCGUGACCCGCCAAAUAACAUCCAUUUAUUUAAUAGUUUUUAUGACUCCAGAGUAGUAGGGUAUUCCCAUUCCCUGCAUGAAUUAAUUUGUCUAUUUAUGUCUAUUAAAAAUGUUGAUAAAAGGAAACCAUGCGCAAUGCGAUGCGGCACAUUGACAACUCAAAUCGCUUUGAAAAAAAGCCUUCUAAUUAACCUCCUUAACAAAUGAAAGCCUAUAGCCGACAUAACAAAACAAUACCUUUACAUUCAAUAUUGUUUCAAUAAUCAAAUAGUUUACCGUAAUUGAAACUUAAAUACAAAUUUCCCAGAAUCUAAUAGGCUAUUGGCUACUCAAACUUUUACCAGCCGCACAGGUGUGAACUUUAUAUUGCCUGCGUAUGGUCUAAAUGCACGAAAGCCUGAAUUAAUGUAAUAAUUAACUGAAUUAUUGUAAACAAAUACCUGCUUGCACUUUUGCAGGCUGUGUAUCCAUCUACUGGGUUGUUGUCCUCCUUGUCCACACUGACUCCAAAAGCCUUCCAAAACUGGGGAUUUCACUCGUGCAGCACCUGUUUCCACGAUGGUGUAUUCAUCAUAACCUUUUUAUUUCUCCUGUUACGUUAGCCAUUUUCCCAUGAGUCAGGGAAAAUAAACUUGCCAAUGUAUUGUUGUGUGGCGGAAGGGAACAUAAGCUCUGCACGUGGACAAAUUAGGAAUGUUUCAGCACCACACAAGAAAUGGACAGUUCCCUGCUCCACUCUCGCUGCGUGGCUGGUAGCCUAGGCUAUGUCUGCCUCACCGCUCACAUAGCCUAAUUGAAUUCGCAACACAAUUCAACAGAACAAGCUCCUAAAAAAUAUGAUCUUGAUUUAAAACGUUAAACGCAAUAUCAUUGUUCUGAACCGCGAGCCGACCCGCGGGUUGAAAGAAUGUUUUCAUUCCACCCGCCAGCUGAUUUUUUUUGCGGGUCAUCCGCGAGGAACCGUGGGUAUCCGACCCGAUGCAGGACUCUAGUCUCAGGUUAGUUAUCAACAGACUGACAUAGUAGAUUGUCCUGAAAACAUGGAGAUUUGUUACAUGUUUGUUGAGUACUGUAUUCCUGACUGUGUUUUUCUAUUCCUGCAGGGGGGAUAUGGGUGCCAUCACCUCUCCAUUAGGUGCUAAACUGAGCUGCCUGUCUCCCAACUCAUCAGACAGUCAGCAGAACAACACACCCAGGAGUGCUGAGAGGGUAACUGUCUGUCCAAACAUUUUACAUUUUUACAUUUUAGUCAUUUAGCAGACGCUCUUAUCCAGAGCGACUUACAGUUAGUGAGUGCAUACAUUAUUGUAUUUUUAUAUACUGGCCCCCCGUGGGAAUCGAACCCACAACCCUGGCGUUGCAAACGCCAUGCUCAACCAACUGAGCUACAUCCCCAAACAAUGACACAUAGCCUACCCUGCUGACUCACACACAGUAUGUACUCAGUCUGUCUGACUGGUCCUCCCUAACUGCCCUCCUGUCUCUGUCUGUGUGUGUGUGAUGUCCAGGGGGGUAAGGAGAAGAGUCCAGCAGGGAGUCAGGGUGACGCCAUCACCAGCCUGCCCAUCAGUAUCCCCCUCAGCACAGUGCACCCCAGCAAGCUCCCCGUUAGCAUCCCCCUGGCCAGUGUGGUGCUGCCCAGCCGAGCAGAGAGACUGGUGGGUACAUAUGGCUCAUAUAACUCUGGCUUAGAGCAGUGGUUCCCAAACAUUUUCACUCUGGACAGUUGAUCUGGAUAUUUCUGACAAGUUAUAAAUGACAUGAUGAGGAAAACUGUUGAUUCACUAUCCAAUUUCGAAGUUGCACCUUGUGCAUUCUACUAUUACAACUUUCAAGAUUAGGUUGAAAGCCCGUCUGAGUUUGGGAACCACUGGCUUAGAGAAUGGCUACAGGUUGAUUUCCGACUGGGUAGUAAGGUCAUGUGUGCUGUAAUAAACCACUGUGUUGACUCAAACUCUCUGUGUUUGUUAUUGUAGAGGAGCACACCAAGUCCUGUGUCCCAGACAGGCCAGACCAACGGUAAGCAGCUCCCAAAACACUAUUACCUUGUAUACCAUAUUGAUCUUAUCCAGUGAAUCCUCAAUGUGUUGAAACAUAUCAUGACUGGCCAGUGUCCAACCCCCUCUGUCCUUCCUCAGGGUACUCCUCUAGCUCAGGGCUGAUGAAUGGAGGCUCUCACUCUGAGGACCAGGAUGGGGCUGCCCCCUCCCCUCCCUCUCACGGUGCCCCUCCUAUGGGACCAACACGAGGCCACAGCCCCCCCCUCAGCACCGGAGGGGUCCUCCAGUAUGCUGACGGCCCCCCCAGAAUCCUCCCUGAGGACGCGACCGAGCGGCAGGGCGAGUCUGACUCGGAGCCCCAGGACAGCGAGUCCAGACGCCGCAUGUUCUUUUCUUUGUCGUCUUCCUCCUCCUCUGGGGGCGCCGCGUCUCGCCUCCACCUCUGCUCGGCCAGACAGAGCCAGCAUCACCACGGGAGCCACAGUAACCACAACAAUCACCACCACAACCGCUCGCCGGGCUCCCAGCAUACAAACUCUCACAGUCAUGGGUCUCAGGAGGAACGCAAGCGUGGGAGGAGGAAGCGCAGCUCAACGGGGGCUCAACCUGCCAGCGGCUCCCCAAAGAGGAGGUCCUUUCCUGGGCUUAGCUCCACCAAUCACCCCUCUGGAUCCCCACUCAACAUCAACUCCAUGGUGAGUCAAGCCACAUUCAGGUUGCUUCCGUGUUCGUUAAAACGUAGUACACGGCUACAAUGGCUUGGUUGCAGCGCAGUACUUGCUACAAGAGUUGUAUGUUUGAUUCCUUCUAUAUCUAGGCCCUACUGAAUACAUAUUUUAACUGUUGGCUUAAGAUGCACAAUGCAGAAAUCACUCUGCCAUUUCCUGGUUUCUAGAAUUCUAAUAGUUUGCCUAAUUUCAGUUUGUGACAAAACAAGCAAGUAUAGAGUUAGACAAUCAUUGUACCAUCUAAACCGCUGUGAAAUAUAUUUUCCAUAACCAAAAAUAUUGUAUUUUUGAAUUUUUGAAGCUGGUGUACAAAACCGAAAGUAAAAGACGCAAAAAACUAAACUUCAAAACAGGAAGCAUAGAAGUAGCGACCAUAGAACAGAUCUACAGCUUCUUAGACUUGCUUUCAAUGAGAAUUACAUAUCUAUAACUCAUAUUUCCAUGUGAAUUUUGUCAGGCCGCCCCAAAAGUGACAUAUUGUAGCUUUAGGGUUAGACCCCAAGUGGUGCAUGUUUUGGUUUUUGCCCUAACACUACACAGCUGAUUCAAAUGAUCAAAGCUUGAUGAUUAGUUCAUUAUUUGAAUCAGCUGUGUAGUGCUAGGGCAAAAACCAAAACGUGCACCCCUUGGGGUCCCGAGGACCGAGUUAGGGAAACCCAUGGUUAGGGCUAACCCUGUUUUCUGUGUUUGUCGUGUCAGGUGAACAACAUUAACCAGCCUCUGGAGAUUGCUGCCAUCUCUUCCCCGGAGCAGUCUGGCCGUAGCCCUUGUGUUCCAGACAUGGACCAGCCCCCCGUACUGAAGAGAGAACGCCCUCUGGAGAUGAACGGCUCAGGACACUACUGCUCCGCACCCAGCUCCGACGACGACUCUGGCUACCCUGCUGACAGCUCCAGCUCAAGGUAUAGUUAACGGUGAAGCAAAAAGCCAUGUGGCUGCAUUUCUACAGAAGAGUACAUUUUAAGUUAUAUUUUCUUUCAUUUGUCUUGUUUUAGAAUUGAAAGGAAGAUUGCCACUAUUUCCUUGGAGAGCCGAGAUGGACCAGGCAGAUCAGGGGACAGGGAGCGUGGUAAGGAACGUCCAAAAAUGCUGAAGCUGCAUAAUUAACAUGAUAUCACUGUCAGCUAUCUACUGUGCUUUUUCCUUCGCUCUGUUUUUGUUUUCUAUCUCACUUUUUCAAUAUUGGGUUAACAGGAAGGAAGUCAGGAGGCAGCAGCGGUAACAGCACAGGAAGUGAGGUCUCCUCUUCAUCUUCCUCCUCAUCCUCCUCAUCCAACAGCAAGUGGAAAUCCACCUUCUCCCCCAUCUCAGACCUCAAGCAGCCCCUGCCCGAGCUGAGGCAGGGGGGCUCCCCCUUCGGCACGGGGAGAGAGCCGCGGGGCCUGGGCACGGGUACGGACUCAGACUCUGAUCACAAACCGCAGCAGCAGAGGAGGGGGAGUGAGGGGGCCGGGGGUGAGCCCUCAGGGUUUCAGGACAUCCCCCUUAACCUUUUCCUCAGCCAGGAGUCUGGGGGACGGCCGGGGGCAGGGGCCCAGGGAGGAAGCAGCUCUGAGAGGCAGGCCAUGCCCAAACAGAAGCCCCGGGGUGAGCGGGAGCUUAAGACAUCCAGCAGCAUGGGCAACAGCCAGAACCUCUUCAUCUCUGCUGCCGCCAGCGGGGGUAUCCUGAGCGGCAAGGUGGGGGGCAGCCCUGUAUCUUCAGCCUCAGGGGCCUCUGUGGGACAGUACAUGGGGUCCCAGUUCCCCCUUGGGGGGGCCUCUGUCCUCCAGUCCCUGUUCGGAGCCCAGUCUCCCGGAACUUCGGUGAGCGGGGCCCCGCGCCUGGUCAAUGGACACUCUUCCCUGGGGAGCUUCUCCAGCGCUGGGCUGGCAGGUGGAGCAGCUGGAGGUGAGGCCCACUGACACACACACUCUAAACAGUCUCCUUCCAUUCAACACCACCAUUGGGUAUGGGUUGGGGUAGAUUGGGAGUGUUAGACAGUGGUACAGAGGAAGUCAAUGGGAGAGGCCUACUGAUGGACACAGGUAAGUGGGAGCCCUGUCCUGCUGCCUGUCUGAACUCCCUCGCUGCUUUGCUUUGCCAUGGACUGGCUGUACAGAAGCUGAGUUGGACACCCUUGGAAAAUGCCUAACAUUUUGAAGAGAGCAGAUCCUAAGAAUUAUGUACUUGGUCAAUGCAAUCAUGGCCACGCGCAUGGACAAUGCCCUUCAAUCUGUAUACUGUGAUAUAGCCUACUGUUUUCUGUGUUGGUUAGCUAUACUGUAAAUCUCUGAAACGUUGAGAAAUUACUGUGAUUAGUAAUUAAUCAAAGAAACUUGAUCAGCAUUUUCUUUGGGUGUUGGUGUUACUGCUGCUGGUCUUGUGUGUAAUUCAGAGACAUUUCACUAUGAUUAGACUUGUUUUAUUUGCACAAAACUAUUAGUUAAUUUCAGAAGAAUGGCCUUUAGUCUAUAACAGCUGAUUCAGUCUACCCUUUUAUAGUGAAAUGUCUUUGUCUGCUUUCUGUGUGCCUGUCUGUAAGACUCGCUUGGCGCUAUGCAAAUCCUGGCUGAGUUUCUCUGUCUCUCUCUCUCUCUCUCUCGCUCGCUCUCUCUCUCUGUGUCCUCCCCCACCUCUCUGUCUCUUGCUGUUUAAUCCACAGGUAUUUUUCACCAUGUGGUGCCCUCAGUAUCCUCCCAUCAGUUUGGGGCUGCGCUGCCAGCCUCAGGAGGCCUCAGCUCUCUGCUCAGUCUCUCCUCCUCCAAGCAGCACCAACACACUGCCCCCCAGUCAGGCUCCUCUUUCCUUGCCUCCAUAUCCUCCUCCCUCCCGCUGCCCCUCUCCCAGGCCCAGCACAGCCGCACCCAGACAGUGCUGCACACCCAACCACCCCUCACGCUCUCCCUGCCCCCUCCACCACCAUUACUCAAUGUCUCCUCCUCAGUCCCCUCCUCGUCCUCUGACCCCAGUCCCUCGUCUCGCUCUGAGGCCUUCCUCUCCUCCCGACUGGUCCCCUCUUCCCUCCAGCACCAGAGAGCACAGUCCUCCUCCUCCUCCGCUCUCACGGUCUCCUCCUCCUCUGCUUAUGUGUCUGCUGCUGCUUCUGUCUCCCUCUCUUCUUCCUCUCGUAGCUUCACAGUGCACUACCCCCCUCACCUGCCCCCUCCAACCCAGGCCAGUAGCUCAGGAGGUGGGGUCAGCAUGUGGAGGACUCUGGGCUUGCCUGCUUCCUACACGUCGUCCUCUCAGCACCCCGGCUCCCGGCCUAGAUAG